AUGUCGCAAUCGUUGAGCUCCGCCCCACGCUUGAAACCAGAUGUUCGCCUCGCCCAGGCUAUUUCACAGUUCGUGGCCGAACUAUCCAAUGACCAAAAAGCAAGUUUCCGUGCCUACAGAGCUAAAUCAGUUGAGUCUCCGCCCGGUAUCCAAGAUGUCAUGCAACUCACCGCGGAGAUUGAUCGUGGCUCGGAAAAGAGACGCCGGUGCUUGGGACCGCGACUUACGAACAUCCUACAAGCUACCCAGCAAUUUGCUGCUUUAGGGGAUGUCAUAGUUGGUGGAUCUCAGAACCUCCUCUCAUGUGGCGUCUGGUCAAUAGUGCGCAUGUCGCUUCUAUUUGCUCUCGACUUUUCCUCCUAUCUUGAACAAUUAUCGCACAUAUUCAUGACCGCUGGUCGUCUGGCUCCUCGUUACGAAAAGAUGGCUUUACUUUAUCCUCGGUCAAAAGAUCUACAAUCUUGUCUUUGUGAAUAUUUCAUUUUGAUCGUACACCUUUGCCAUGAAAUGACUACUUUUACGCGCAAGUCAAUUUUCGGGAAACUGACCUCCGCGUUUACAGACUCAGAUCUGAAGACAUAUCAAUCAGAGCUGGUGUCCUGGGGGAAAACAAUCAAAGCAGAAGUCGGCUUCUUGAUGGCCAAGGGAAUUGAGGACGAAGCCGAAAACAAUUCGCGAUUCAGGACAGUCUCAUCAAUAUUCCAGAAAUCAAGUGCAUAUCAGCAAGCGAUUCAAACAAAACAACGGGUACUUGAUUUCUGCUCCCAAUACGAUUGCACAGUGUCGUGGAAGCAGGUUCGAAAAUCGGGUAACACCAAUCUGUUUCGGGAGAGCCCCAAAUAUCAAGAGUGGAAAAGUAUGCCACUUUCUUCCACCCUCGUCUACACUGGGAAGUUGGGCUCCGGGAAGUCUGUGCUACUCGCGAAUAUAGUGGACGAUCUCCACAUUCAGAAUGAGAAGACCCAUGUGGCAUACUUCUUUUGCCGACAUGACGUCUCUGAGAGUCUCAAAGCGCGGGGGGUGAUUGGCUCCUUGGCUCGGCAGUUGCUAUACCAUAUAUCAGACUUCACGGCUGCCGCGGAGUACUUGGACAGGACGCAUCAGUGUGAACCGAUGGACAGACUCAUGGGGCUUCUUUCGUGCUGCCUUGCUCCUCUUCGUAAAACAACAAGGUUCUUCCUUGUUGUCGAUGGGCUGCAUGAGCUCGACGGGCAUCAAAGGGACAUCGUGAUACAGCAGCUAUCAGAUCUUCAAACCGAAACAUUUAUAAUGUUACUUUGCAUUUCUCUUCGAGAAGGUCCAAACGAGAACCCCCUAGAAGCUAACUUCGCCCAACUUGCUGCCCCAGUUGUUACACAAAUCCCGCACAAUACACCUGACAUUGAGGAUUUCAUCGAGACGGAAUUGGAAAGUCGAAUGGAAGCGGGUAAGCUCACGAUUGGGAAUCCUCUCCUAAUCUUGGAAAUCCAGGAUGCUCUCUUGAAAGGAUCACAAGGGAUGUUUCUUUGGGUAGCUCUCCAAAUCGAAUCUUUAUGUGCCAUGGAAAGUGACGAGGAGAUCCGCGAGGCUCUUGCAGAUCUACCGAAAGACCUUUCAGAGACAUUCGCCCGCACUUUACGGUCCAAGUCCCAAAAUACGCGCCAAAAAGAUAUAUUGGCCAUUUUGACUGUGGCCCAAAGCCCACUAACCCUCCAGCAACUACGCGAGGCGUUAUGUGUUGUGCCGGGUGAUUUGAACUGGAAUUCAGAUAGACUUCUCAACAAUAUGCACAACACUUUGGCUUCUUGUGGCAGUCUUGUUACCAUUGAUGAGGAGGAGCUUACUAUACAUCUUGUCCACCAUAGUGUGAAACAGUUCCUUCUUGGUGAAUUCAAAAAUUCGACCGAAACCCUAGUCGAUGUUGAUGAAGCUCAUCAGAUGAUGGCAAGCAUCAUUCUCACCUACCUCAACUAUAGCGUGUUUGAAACGCAGAUUUCAAAGACCGUAAUACCUCAGCUGCGAAGUGGGUCGGUGCCCUCUGAAGUGAUCUUCUCAACACUUGAACCAUCAAAUGGUGUCCGGAACAUGGCAAUCAAACUCCUCAAAUCCCGCAAAAAGUUUGGGUUUGAUAUUGGAAAAGUCAUUGCAGAGACGAAUCCCCAGAAUCAUCCUACAGAGGAGCAGUUUUACUUCCAAAAAUAUGCAAAGUCAUUCUGGCUAUACCAUGCCGUCCACGCCUUUGAGCUCCCCAAAGUCAUGCACAAGUUACUACUCCGACUCUUGGAUCGAAGAUUAUCCUUAAGCCUCAACAUCAACGACGAGGAUAUAAUUAAAUUAUUGUCGUGGCUCUCGAAAAAGAAACAAUAUGCACCCUUGAUCAAGAUUCUGCUUGAUUCCGGAAACAUGACAGCAAAGGAACGAGAUAGUGCACUGGAUGCGCUACAUAAUGCCGCGGGCGAAGGGCAUGGUGCAAUUAUUCAAGUCCUCCUAAGGAUGGAUGACAUGCUGAUGUUCGAAGAGCCCCAUCGUCAGAAACUAAGUCUAUCCGCUCAAAACGAGCGUGAGUCGAUAGAACAACAGUCACUUGAUUCUGACAACCUCAAUGUCAACUCGAGGGAUGCCUUGCGUUGGACUCGCUUGCAUCGAGCUGCGAUGAAUGGACACACGUCGAUCGUCGUCUUUCUGCUUACAGUCGUCAAUGCCAAUCCUGAGACCCCUGAUCUAAUGGGACUCACUGCUUUGCAUCUGGCUUGUAUGAAUGGUCACUCUUCUACUAUCAAGGCACUCCUUGAUCAUGGAAAUGCGGACCCCCAUGCUUGUGAUGACGAGGGUCGAACUCCCGGUGAUCUUGCUUUGGAAAAACUUGAUGAGGAAACUAUUUCAAAGCUAGAUCCUCGGCUUUUCAGUUAUUCGACCGGAGAGUUUGGUGUUGACUCUACCAAGGACGGAGUUGUCGGUCCACUUGGUUGA